UAGCGCAGGUGGCUCAGGAGCAUUUAUCAUAUCCAAUUCGGUGCCAUUAUGAUGUACAAUGUUAGUAGAGGAGAGAAAGAGAACUUCUUCAACGUAUUUGUAUGUCACGUUCAGCGGUACUGUAUUAGACACUUUUGAAUUUGUGUCUUUCUGAUCAUAUGGAUGGUUAUUUCAACUCGUUAUUUGAAACUUGAUGAUCAUUUCAAGAACUCGAAACAACUUGAAAUUCAUCUAGGUAACUGUACAAGAUAAAGAUUCAUCUUGAAGACCAAAAAGAUGGGUUUUUUUUCUGCUCAGAAAGGCUUUGAAUUCGUCAAAAAGUGGGGCCCAAUCGGCUUUCUAACGCACUACAGCGUUUCUCUGACGGCGCUCGCGGCAAUAUACUACGGCGUAUACGCGAAUCGAAAUCUCUUCAUACCCUAUUUGCCAGAAUAUGUGCCGAAGGAAGGUAUCUUAGUAAUGUUUUGCACUUGAUUUUGAGGAUAUUACAGCUUUCUUUGCAUGAUCUCCUUGCAGAAGAUGUAGUAAUACUGGCAUCUUCGAGCAACAAGAGCAACAGUUUGAUGAAUUUUGAAGCUCUACCAAUUACACUUUGAAUGAUAAAAAGAGCAUCAUCGAUCUUCUUUAUCACUAUUAAUGAACCAAGGUACCGACUUCGUCGUAGCCGUGGCUAUUCACAAGUUAUCUCUGCCCAUCCGAGUCCCGCUAACCAUGGCUCUUUUAAGGCAUAUAGAUUAAUAAAGUCAUCCUCACUACAAGCAUUUUUCCUGUAGUCCACAAGACAAGAUGCAUCAUGAAUAAAGCUCUUCCUCUUCUAAAGUUGAUACCGAUUGUCCACAAAUCACUGAAACGAGUAGGGGUAUUAGGCGUAUUCGAAAGAAUGACUUCAAUGCUGACCGGUCAAGCAGCUGCUAGUGUGGUUGACGAAGCUGCUGGAGGUAGUAGUGCUAAGACAGGGAAUGCGAAGAAGAAAGAAUGAAACGCGGUGAAAACGCUAUCAACGCCCAUGAUUCUUUCGCGACCCAAGCAUCGAUGACGCAAGGUGGCAGGCGCCUGUCGCGACGAAUUGAGAGUCAUCUUUUUAUGUUGGAGAAUGUGCGCAAACUAAAUGGCAGCACAUCAAGAUACCACUUACAAUCAUAGUUUAGUCGCACAGGCAUGAAGAUCAACAUAAUAUAAUCCACAAGAAGAAAAGCCGCUCACGACAGCAAACUAUAGCUGCAAACAGCACUCAAACAAAGUUGUAGAGUGAUAGUCGCGCCAUGAUAUGGAGUCCUCGAGUUAUUUUCAAGAAUGAUCUGCUGUUCUGUUAGUACUACACUACGUCAAGAAUCCUUGUUGUGGCAACGUGUUCGUGG